UUACCAUGAACUAAUUUACGCCCACAGUCGUCUAAAUGAGCGCAAGGUCAGUCUCUGUAAUUUCCAUGCACACACACCACUCCCCCAUGCUCUCUCCUUCAUCAUUGUUACGCUUCACUUUCACAAACAUCCUCGUACCGCAUGAAAACAUCAAGAAAAACAAAACCCAAUUCACAAUCUUUGCUCUCUCUUCACCGUCAAAGGAUGUCUGGCGAAGAGUCCACACACCGGUCCCACCCAUCGAUACAAUGCCGCCGCAACACCUCCGGCGAAAGCAUAACCUAGGUUUCAUAGACCACAGCGUAGAUAUGGACGAGCUCUUAUCCUCAAUUGGUCAGACUUCCGACGAGCACGAACUCUUCGCCCUAUUGUCGCCGUAUAAAUGCCGCAAUCUGUCUAUCAGAUUCAUGGUUUCUCUUCUCUCGCGCGAGGCCGAUUGGCAGCGCUCGCUUGCUUUGCUCGAUUGGAUAAACGAGGAAGCGUUGUACACCCCCUCUGUGUUUGCGUACAACGUGGUGCUGCGCAAUGUGCUCCGCGCAAAGCAGUGGGAGAUUGCACACGGGCUGUUCGACGAAAUGCGCCAGAGAGCUCUGUCUCCCGAUAGGUAUACGUAUUCUACCCUGAUCACGCAUUUCGGUAAAGAGGGCCUCUUUGAUGAUGCACUGUCUUGGCUUCAGAAGAUGGAACAUGACCGUGUGCCGGGGGAUUUAGUUUUGUACAGUAAUUUGAUUGAGUUGUCUCGCAAGCUGUGCGACUACUCCAAGGCGAUCUCGAUUUUCUCGAGGCUGAAACGAUCAGGGAUUACUCCCGAUCUUGUGGCGUAUAAUUCGAUGAUCAAUGUGUUUGGAAAGGCCAAGCUUUUUCGCGAAGCGAGGUCGUUGAUUAGUGAAAUGAGGAACGCAGGGGUUACUCCGGAUACAGUUAGUUAUACGACGCUUCUGACUAUGUAUGUCGAGAAUCAAAGGUUUCCCGAGGCUCUAUCAGUGUUCUCAGAAAUGAGGGAUGUGAAUUGUUUGCUCGAUCUCACGACGUGUAAUAUAAUGAUCGAUGUGUAUGGGCACCUCGACAUGGCGAAGGAAGCAGAUAAGCUCUUCUGGGGUAUGAGAAAGCUGGGAAUAGAGCCGAAUGUGGUUAGUUACAACACUCUCUUGAGGGUUUACGGAGAUGCCGAGCUUUUCGGGGAGGCCAUACAUCUCUUUCGGCUGAUGCAGAGAAAGGAUAUCGAGCAGAACGUUGUCACAUACAACACAAUGAUAAUGAUUUACGGAAAGACAAUGGAGCACGAAAAGGCAAACAAUCUUAUCCAGGAAAUGCACAGUAGGAAUAUAGAACCCAACGCGAUUACGUACUCCACGAUAAUAUCGAUAUGGGGUAAAGUCGGGAAGUUGGAUCGAGCAGCUAUGCUGUUUCAGAAACUGAGAAGCGCUGGCAUCGAGAUAGAUCAAGUCCUUUAUCAGACAAUGAUCGUGGCUUACGAGAGAGCAGGUUUAGUAGCUCACGCAAAGCGUUUACUACACGAACUUAAACGACCAGACAAUAUUCCGAGAGCAACCGCCAUUCGUAUCCUUGCUGGCGCCGGUCGAAUAGAGGAAGCCACUUGGGUUUUCAGACAAGCGGUCGAUGCUGGGGAGAUCAAGGAUAUAAAGGUCUUUGAGCACAUGAUCCAUCUCUUCUCAAAGUACAGAAAGUACGCGAACGUAAUCGAGGUUUUCGAGAGAAUGAGGGCGAUUGGGUAUUUUCCGGAUUCUAACGUGAUAGCCCUUGUGCUGAACGGUUACGGGAAGCUGCAGGAGUUUGAAAAGGCUGAUUGUGCGUAUACGGAGCUGCAAGAGGAGGGGUGCGUUUUCUCGGACGAGGUUCAUUUUCAGAUGCUGAGUCUUUGUGGGGCCCGCAGGGAUUUCGAGACGGUUGAGAGAUUGUUCGAGAGGUUGGAGAUGGAUCCGAACGUUAACAAGAAGGAUUUGCAUCUUGUGGUCGAUGGCAUUUACGAAAGAGCAAAUAGAGUAAGGUUCUAAUUAAUUCGAUUAAUCUGUCGUUUGCUGCUGCUUACAUUGAGUUUCUUAGCCUGUUGUACAUUGCAAGGUUGGUUGUCAUGUUGCUUUUAUAUGUAUAUAUACUUUUUAAGGUUUACUUACAUUCAGAUUCUGUUAAUUGAUUUGAGUUCAGCUUUAAGAAAUUCGAAAUUCUGUUUCAAACUGAUGUAGAAAAUAAUUAAUUUGAUCAUGAAUUAAAUUGAUGUUGUCCAUGUA